AUGCACGUGGGUCACGUGCUCGCCGCGCCCCGCUCCAGACCCAUUUAAAUAGCUCGCACCGUGGCGUUGUUUCCACUCACUGAGUUCAUUGUCUACCGUUCCUCGUGGGAACGAAACAGCGCAACAACACAGGCACCGCCCGGCCGGACGAGUUCUGGACCAUGACGCGCGCUCUGUUAUUCGGGUUGGUGCUGGUGGCGACUGCGGCAGCUCCUGACAGCAGGAUGCAAACUGAGUCUGCAGAUUUUGUGAGGACUGAAUGUCGGGGCAGUGUCUUUUGGAUUGGACUAGACAACAACUUUCUCGCUGGGAAAAUUUGGCAGAUUGGCAUUGUUGAUCAGUCUGGUUCUAUCUUUUCUGUUACACCAAGAUCUGCUUCACAGUGUGGUUACACUAUAGCAGUAGAUCACCAGGAUAUUGAAUUCCGUGCCUCCAUACUCAGCUGUGGUGUGCAUAUCCUGAAUGAUGAGCAGUUCAAUCUUACUGUACAAAUACAAGUGUUAGGAGCUGACGUGGGUGCUUCAACAUAUAUUGAAACUCUAUCUUGUAUGUACUCUCCAUGGGCUGGAAGAGAAAUCUUCUGUGAGCAAAAUUACAUGCAGGUCUCUGUACAAAGAAACAUACCAACCAUUGAGGAGGAUUACAUUCAAGAUGCUGAAGAUUGGGCUUUGGCCAUUCCAGAAGCCAUUGAUGCAGAACGUGGAAUAUGGCAAGUGGUAUUCCAUACAUCUAGUGGCAAAAAGAGUAUGACAGUGAAAGAAGCACAUCGGUUGAACUAUGGAAUCAACACCACUGAGACUCGUAUUUUGUUCCGUGCUCCAUAUGAAACAAAGGAGGCUGAAGUAGUUUCACUCCAUGGUGUCCCCUUGUCUGUAAUAAGAUCAACUAGCUUCUAUAGACAGCAAUGGAUGAUUCUGCUAAUUGAUACUGCAGUAGCUUGCCCUCUUGAUGGUACAUCAUUCACUGACGACCAAAUCAUCUGGACACUGCCAAGAAUAUUCACUCCGAUUGUGACCAGUGAAGUUCAUCAAGACAACAGUUCAAUGGGAGUAAAUGGUAUCAAACUGGACCCAGAAAGAAUGGCUGAAAGAAAUUAUUCUUUAGAGAAAAAUGACACCUCCCUUUUUAUAAAGGUUCCAAUUGGUGCAGAGGAUGGAUACUACAAGAGCCAUGUGGUGAAUGGUCAGUAUGGCAUCAAGUAUAGCAUUAAUCUAUUCUUGGAACACUUGUGGGAAGAUGACAGCUGGGAACUGAAUAAAAUGAAUGUCAUCCAUCCGGUGACCACUCCCUUUAUUCCUAAACCUCUAGUUUACACUGAUGAUACCAGUCCAGAGCAAUGGCUAUUUAAUGUAUCACUGGGCAACUUUCUUCCUGAUGUGGAACUGCAGAAGCUCACUCUGGGUUCUCUGUCUUUUCCUGUGGAUGAAGAAAAUCAAUUGUUUGAUGUAUACCAUGGGAGAACCCCAAAUGAGACAACCCUCAAUAAAAUCUUUGUUCUUGAGGUUCCAAUGGAGUCUCCAGUUGUGGAUAGGAAGUAUAUUGGAGAUGGUGUUGAACAAUAUACCCUUGACAUCACCUACACCUUGACAGUGGUGCCAGAAGAUAAAAUGUUCACUUAUGCUGUUCAAUUAAUACAUAAACACAAUAUAGUGCUUCCUGUGGCAAAUAGCUUUUGUGAUGAGGAGAAUAUGACAUUGGUGAUUACUCAUGGAACCUUGGAUCGGUACUGGAUCCCUUUCAUUGGAAAAAUGCAGCUCUCUCUUCACUCUGGACAUGAUGGUUAUAUUAUGAGAGAGAAUGGUACCCACUUAAUAGUGACUGUUCCACGUGAUGCAGCUGAGGUAGUCCAUGAGGAAGUUGGCCACCAAGGCAUAAGAAGUAGAUUUGACUUGCAACUGAAGGAUAAUAAAAGCUUGGGGGUGCUAACAAACUUCUCAGUAUCCUGCACCUUUCCUGCUUCUGAUUUCAUAACAUGUUUCCCAAAUGGCAAGAUGGUAAUUACAGCAAUGAAACUUGGAACACAGUUGAGAAGGCACACUAAUAAAUUGAUGCUGAAAGAUCCAACUUGCAAGGCAAAAGAGAGUGAAUCCCAAGCAGUCUUUGAAUUUUCUGUAGAUUCAUGUGGAACAACUAGAAGGUUUGAGAAGGAUUACAUGAUCUACGAGAAUGAAGUAGUAUACAUGGGAGCCAAAUCAAAGCAGAAACCAACCUAUCGACUUGCAAUAUCUUGUCGUUAUCCCAUAAAUGAUUCUAUGCAUCUUCAGUUUGAGCAUCAAAUUAAUCCUCUGCCAAUUGUUAUGCCUGGAUUUGGACCAAUCCUCUUGAGUAUACAACUUGCCAAAGAUGCAUCCUAUGCUACCUUGUACAAGGACAAUGAAUAUCCAGUCGUGAAGUAUCUGGCUGACCCUCUCUACUUUGAAGUACAACUGUUGCACAAUGAAGAUCCACAAAUUGAGCUGUUCUUGCAGUCCUGCUGGGCAACUGCAUCUCCAGAAAGAGACAGUAUACCACAAUGGUCUAUCAUUGUCCAAAGCUGUGAGUAUGAAGCUGAUCCACGUAUGACCAUCUUCCAUCCAGUCUCGAGGAACGAGAGGAUCAGGUAUCCUAGUCAUGUGAAAAGGUUUGAAGUGAAGACAUUUGCUUUUACCAUGGGAGAUAUGAAUAUCUUAUUGGGAGAGGUGUACUUUCAUUGCAGUGUAGUCUUGUGCAAAAAGGACCCAAUAAAUGAGUUGCUCUGUCCUGGAAACUGUGUUCCAAGAAAACAGCGAAUGGGUCGGAGUGUUGCUGGAGAGCACCACUUGGAGAGAUCUGUAUCAUCAGGAGCAGUGCUCAUCUUGGCAGAACUUUCUACAGUAGAGAAUGGGAAAAGGGAUAUCCAAAGGGAAUCUUAUUCCUGGCCAGUGCUGCUGCUUGGAGGUGCAACAAUUGUUGGUUCCAUUGUAAUUGGAAUUCUUAGUUGUUAUAUCAUGUGCACAGAUUAUUUAAAAUUAGAUUUAUUCAGGAUUAAAAUAUAUGUCAGUGAAGUUCUGUUCUUGAUGGCUCACAGUGAUUUAAAACGUUUUCAUUUUUACAAUACUGCAGUUGAACGGAAGUUGUUAGAUGUGAAGUUGAUCAUAGCAGCUAGUAAACCAAAAGCAACGAUUAAACUGCAGCACACACAGUUGGCGUUGGUUUGGGCGCUAUUUGUUACUAAUGCGUGGAUGCAGCACUCGCUGCCUCGAGGUGUCAUACAGAGUCAUUGCUAUGGGCGCCUAUUUUGGAUUCAGUUGGACGCUUCUUUACUGCAAGACAAGUCGUGGAGCCUCGGCGUCGCCGAUUCAACGGGCAAAGUCUUUCUGCUCACUCAGUCGUUCGCAAAUGAGUGCGGUUACACAGUCUCCCAGGAUCCGUUUGGUAACGUGCUAGUGCGUGCAUCGGUUUUGGCUUGCAUGGUAGUUAACGAGGGUGAUGACCUGUUUAGGCUAAGUCUACAAAUUAAGAUUGCUCCAAUUGGUCACAUGGAAAAGGCACUGACUUAUGUCCAUACCAUUACGUGUUCAUAUUUUCCAUGGUCGGCAAGAGAAAUCCUAUGUGAGCCAAAUUACAUGGAGGUAUCAGUUCAAAGAAUAAUACCAGGGAUUGAAAAUGACUAUAGUGAAGACUGGAUGGCUGCUGUUCCAUCUGCUCAAGAAGCUGAAAAUGCCAUUUGGCAAGUUCUGUUUCAUCUUCCUGAAGGAAUAAAGACUAUGACUGUCAAUGAAAUCUUGCGAACUCGAUAUAGAAUUGGCACAACAGUUUCCCGGCUAUUGUUCAGGGCUCCGUACAAUACAACUGAGAUUGAACAGUUAAUGGUAGAAAAUGUGCCGGUCUCGAGCAUUCGAUCAACCACUUUCUACAAACAAGAGUGGAUGAUCCUGUUAAUUGACACAGCAGUGGCUUGCCCUACUGAUGGCACAACCUUCACUGAGAAUAAGAUCAGAUGGAGAAUUCCAAGAAUCAUCCCAUCACUUAGUUCUCCAGAAGAACAGUUCUAUGAUGACUCUAUUGUUUUGGGAGUUGAAGGCGUUACUCUCAGCCCAGAUAAAAUAGCACAGCUGAAUUAUACAUUGACAUACAAUGCCACAGACAUCAUUAUCACUAUUCCCAUUGGAGCAGAAGGUGGAUAUUACAAGAGCCGUGCAAUUGAAGGACAACAUGGUAUUUUGUACUUGAUACAAUUAUCUGCAGAACAUCAGUGGGAGCUAACCAAAUACACAAUUGUGCAUCCCGUUGCCUCGCCCUUCAUACCACGGCCACCAAUUUUAACCAAUAAUACCAUUCCAGAAAAGCGCAUAUUCAACAUUUCUUUAGGCAACUUCCUUCCAGAUGUAGAGCUUGUAGCUCUAACUAUAGGUACACAGACAGUCAAGGUGGAUCAGGCAGACAAGAUGGGAAUCACAAUCUAUGACACGCCACUGCCUAACAACACUAAAGUCUACAUAGUGGAAGUUCCAUUUGAGAAUGCAAACGUGAAGCCAGAGCACCUGCAUUCUAACAUCAGAAACUACAUAUUUGAUGUCAUCUAUGUAUUCAAAAUAAACCCAGAAAAUGAACCAUUUAAUCACCAUGUAAAAGUAAUGCAGGAAGUGCCAGAUAUUGUGUUACCCAAGGCAACAGGAUUCUGUGAUAAAAAGAACUUGUAUCUACUAAUAACUCAAGGGAAUCUAGUCCACUACUGGCUUCCUUACAUUGCUCAAAAGCUGGUAACACAGAAAUCUGCACAAGAUUUUGGGUACCUUUUUGUGGAUAAUACAACCCAUAUUUUAUUUGGUGUCCCUCUCUUUGGAAGGAGUGUGAUUUAUGAGAAAUUGAGUCUUCAAGGAAUUACAGUUAGACUUAACCUGACACUGAAGGACAAGAAUACAUUGAAGAUUGAGAUUCCAUUCACUGUAGUUUGCAAUUUUCCUCCUAUGGAUCUUGCAGUGUGCUUUCCAAAUGGAACAAUGGUGAUUACUGCACUUGUGGAGACUGUGCCUGAACUAGAUCCUAGUAAAAUGGUGUUGAAGGAUGGAAAAUGCCAACCAAAAGAAUUUGACCAUCGUAAAGCUCUCUUUGAGUUUAGCAUUGAUAGCUGUGGCACCACAAGAACAAUUCAUGGAAACCACUUGAUCUAUGAAAAUGAAGUCUCAUAUCCAAGAGAGGCAAUUCCUAUUGAUUUUCCAGUUAUAACCAGAGAUCCUGAUUAUCGCUUAACAGUCUUGUGCCAAUAUGAACUAAAUGAUACUCUAGCUGUUGGAAUUGUGAAGAGAUACCAGAAAGAUUCCUGGCAUCAUGGCAAUAGUGUACAAAUAGUGAGGGGGGGCAAGAAGCCAAGACAUACAGCAGAACUAUACUCAAGGAUUUACAAAACGGCAGAUUACUUGGAUUUUUAUAAGGAUGAAGAAUACCCAGUAGCAGUGAAUUGGACGCAAGCACUUUAUUUUGAGGUUGAACUCGUGAACAACAAAGACCACCAGACUGACCUGUUGUUGGAUGAUUGCUGGAUAACUACAACUCCUGAUCGCAACAGCAUACCACGAUGGUAUAUUAUCCAGGCUGGUUGUGAAAGCAAAGAGGAAACAUUUGUAGCUGCCUUUCAUCCAGUAUCUGACACAAUGCAGUAUUCCCACCAGCUGAAAAGGUUUGAAGUUAAAAUACAGGAGCUGCCUCCAGCAGAACAAACUGUGUUGCCCAAGAAAGUGUAUGGUCACUGCAGUGUUGUGAUCUGCCGUAAUAAUCCAGAUACAAACUCUUCUUGCAAUGGACAGUGUAAAGUUUUAAAAGGCCAGAGCGCUAACCUGGAUAUGCACAAAGAGUAUAUGUCACUUGGAGAAGUUUGGCUUCUUGUUGAAAUGUUAGAACAAGAAAAAUUCGGAAGUGGACUAAUAUACUCAUAUUGGCAAUGGGUGCUUGGAUGCAGUUUGGCAAUCUUCCUGAUUCUUGUAGUGGUUCUUUUGAAGGUGUAUGUUCAUUAGGCAAAUAAAAUGACAUGAAAUAAACUGGCGUUCCUUUAACUGGCUUGGCCCCUCAACAAAGUUUUAGGUAGAUCCAAACUGUGGCAGUUUUACAAUGACUUGUAUUGAAGAUCUCAAUUCUCCUUUACGUG